AUGUUGAAAUCUUUAGUUUCUUGUAAAUGUUCCUCCUCUGCAUUUGCUCUUGAGCCACUGAGGAAAUCAACAAUUGAAUCUCUUAGAAAAUUGGUUCAAAGAACUUUAAAGUUUUUAUGUUUCCUCAAACAGAAUAUAAAACUAGAGAAUUUUAUUGGCCUCUCUUGGACUGAAAAUAACAUCUUUCUCCUAAAAGGUUUAAUGAGUCUUAGUUUUUAUACUUUUGGAUUCACUUGGUUCUUGCGGUUUAGAAAGUCCCUGAAAUGAUAGUGGCAACCUGCCUCCUUCAGGUGGCUCACCUUCUGUGGGCCACUGGAGGUCCUAACCCUGGGCAGGCUCCUCUGCUGUUGGCCCGAGGAGAGCAGCAGCAGCAACAGUAAUGGCUGACAUCACGUGAAUGCUGCCCUAAGCCCUGUGCGUGUGACACAUUACAGAUGCUCACAGCAAGACUAUGAGGGGGGUAUAUCAUUAUGUCUGUCGUCACACGAUAAGAUUGAAAAUCAGAAUAGUUGUGUGGUUUACUGAAGGUUACAUAGCUAGCAAGUGCCCGAGCCAGGAAUCAAACAUGCAGAGACUGUGGUUGUGGAAUAGUGUGGUGAGACUGGGUUCAAAAUAUUCAGAUUUUGAGCCCAGCUAAUGAAGGUGGUAGGGCCACCAAGUAGGGGAGCUGAUUGGUACAAAAGAUUGAAUGUCAGAAGGAGAGGCCAGGGUCUCUCUAGCUGCCAUGGAGGUGCACCCACAGCCAGUGGGUGUGGGGAUGUGAUUCAGACCCAAACAGGUUUUCACUCCAAAGCUUGGGUCUACCUCAGCCUCCAGCCUCAGUACCAUGGCCACAGAUCGUUCUUUGAAACACAGCCGUUAACAGCAUCUGCAUGCUUGUAGCUAUGCUGGGGACACUAUAAUUGGGAGGCGUAGGAGAGAACUUUCACUUAUCUAGAUUUAAAGAUCUUUUUUAGUAACUUACUGUUCCUUCUUCACCUUCCCUGAAAAAAUAUUCUUGUAGCAAGGUAAGUUAUCAAGAAGAAAGACCUAAUUUGAAAAGUUACUGGUGUGGAUGUAGCAAAUGUGGGCAGGGAAGGGAGCAGCAGACGUCCCUCUGCAGCUCAGUAGUGCUGAGAGACGUGCAUGGGCUGCCUGAAGAUGCUGUAACGUGAAUGCGUGUUUUUGUUUUUGUUUUCUUUGCUUACUUGCCAUCUACUGGGGAAACUAUUCUUGUGCUUUACUCAAAAAAGCAAAAAACAAAAAAGCCACAGUCACAUCAUCACUGUAGUUGUUUUUGUUGUCUUCUUUCUUUAAGAAAAGCAACAGUCUCUUUCUUUUAUGUAUCAAAAAGGGAACUCCUUUACAGAGAUUUCAACAAGCCAGAAUACCUAAAGCACCUAAAAAUAAGGCAAGACUACAUAUGUUCAAUCUUGUAUUUCUUUAUCCUUUCGCUCAGUCAUUCUAGUUUUUCUAAGUUUCCUUUUUCAAGAUUCCCAAAUAUUAAAAUUCAGCCAAAUUUGAUUUACAAUUUAAAAAAAUAUGCCCAAAACCGAGUGGGAUUUAUCCAGGAAUGCAAAGUUGGUUCAAUAUCUGAUACUCAUUUAAUCUGAUACAUCACAUUAAUAAAGCACCAAAAAACUCCAUGUGAUUAUCUUGCUAGAGGCAGAAAAAGCAUUUGACAAAGUUCAAAGACUCCUUUAUAAUAAAAGCACUCAACAAAUUAGGAAUGAAAUAGAACUUUCUCAGCCUGGUACAGGACAUAUACAAACUGUUCACAGCUAAAAUCAUACUUAAAUGUGAAAAGUCAGAUGCUUUCCCCCUAAGAUCAGGAACAAAAUAAGGAUGCUCUCAUCACUUCCACCUGAUACUGUACUGGAAGUUCUAGCUAUUACAGUUAGGGCAAUUAGGCAGGAAAAAUAAAAGAUAACCAGAUUGAAAAGGAAGAAGUAAAACUGUAUUUGCAGAUGACAUGAUCUUGCUGUCUCAGUCCAUUUAGGAUGCUGUGGCAAAAUACCACAGACUGGGUAGCUUAUGAACAACACAAAUUUAUUACUCGCAGGUCUCGAGGCUGGGAACUCCAAGAUCCUGGUGCCAACAUGGUCACCUUCUGGUGAAUGCCCUCUUCCUGGUUCAUAGCCGGCCCCUUCCCACUGUGUCCUCACUGGGUGGAAGAGGCAUGGGAUCUGUCUGGAGCCUCUUUUAUAAAAGCACAAGUCCCACUCAUGAGGGCUCCAUCAUCAUGAUCUGAGCACCCCCCAAAGGCCCCACCUCCCAAUGUCAUCACUUUGGGGGUUAAGAUUUCAACAUAUGAAUUUGGGGGUCACACAUUCAGAUCAUAGCACUUGUAUACAGAAAAUCCUGAGACAUCCACACACACGUGGGGAUAAAACUCCUAGAGCCAAUAAAUGAGUUCAGCAAGGCUGCAGGAUGCUGGGUCACGAUACAAAAUUCAACUGUAUGUCUGUACACUAGCAAUUAAAAUCCAAAAAUGAAACGAAAGCAGUUCCACUUUCAGUACAUAAAAAGGAAUAAAAUAGGUGUAAAUUUAACAAGAGAAAUGCAGCACUUAAUACACUGAAAAUUUCAAAACAUCAUUGAAGGAAAUUAAAGAACUGUGGGGGCGGGGGUACAGCUCAGUGGUAGAGCACGUGCUCAUUUAGCCUGCUCAGGGUCCAGAGUUCAACCCGCAGUACCUCUUCCAAAAGUGGAUGCAUAAGUAAACCUAACUACUUCCCCCCCCAAAAUAAAAAUAAAAAUAAAGAAAAGAUGUAGUAAAAUGGAAAGACAUCCCCUGUUCCUGGAGGAGAAGACUGAGUAUUGAUCUGUACACUCAAUAUAAGACCUGCCAAGAUCUUAACUUCCUUUUUUUGAAAAUUAACAAGCUGAUCCUAGAAUUCAUAGAUGUACUAAGAGGAUCCAGAAUAGUUAUAACAACCUUAAAAAGGAAGAACAAAGUUGGAGGGCUUACACUUCUCAAUUUCAAAACUUGUCUCACAGCUGCAGUAAUCAAGACAGUGUGGUACCAGUUUAAGGACAGACAUACAGACCAGUGGAAUAGCACUGAGAGUCCAGAAAACAGUCAGCUGUCCUGCACUAAGGCUGCCAGGACAAUUCAGUGGGGGAAAGAAUAAUCUUUUCAAUACAUGGUUCUGGGACAACUGGAUACACACAUGCAGUGGAAUGAACUGGACCCUUAUCUAAUACCACAUACGAAAAAUUAACUUCAGAUGGACCAAACACCUAACUGUAAGCGCUAACACUAAACAGCUCUUAGAGGAAAUCUCAUGACCUUGAAUCAGUUGUUUCUUAUGACCUUGAUUUAGAUAGUGGUUUCUUAGGUAUAACAUCAAAAGGAUAGCAACAAAAGAAGAAACAGAUAAAUUGGACUUCAUCAAAAUACAGUACUUCCAAAUAUAUAUACAUAUACAGUCCUUCCAAGAACACUCUAAAGAAAGGAAAGGCAACCUGUAGAAUGGGGGAAAGUAUUUGCAGGUCCAGUAUCUGGUUAGGGUGUGCUAUCCAGCACAUAUAAAGAACUCUUACAAUUCAACAAUAAAAAGACAACCCAAUUUUUAAAAAAAUUAUAAUAAAGAUACAUAUUUUAACACAGAAAUAAGAGUGCAGUUGCAGGGCCCGCCCACCUCUGCUUCCCCACCGAUGGACGUUCCUCUCAGGGUUCUCUCUGUCCAGAACUUUAAGAGGCAAGGCAUUGACUUGUUUUGGUAAAUUUUCCUUUGUAGCUACCUGUUCUGAAAAAUAAUUCUUGUUCCUUAAUUUAAAGCCCCAGAAGAAGCCUCUGUUCCGCUUCCCUCAUGGUUGGCGUCUGUCUGGCCAGGAGUGCUGGACCUGAACUUGCUUGCUUAGCUCACCUGGCUUCUCUGCUCGUGCAGGACUAGAAGCCCUGCUUCUCUUUUCUGUGGAAAUAAAUUUCUAUUAAAUAAAAUUUUUCUAAGAUCCUGAAAAGUUCUCUAUUUGAAGUAAAUCAUUAAAUAGUCUUAAAAGAAUUAACCUGCUAUUUAAUGUAGCUUCAGGAAAUUGAGACCUUUGGAGGGGAAAUAAUCCUAUGGAAAAUACUCAGAGCUAUUACUUUAAAACACGUAUUUUUGAGGCAAGUGUUGAAAUUGAAUGGCUUUGUCUUCUGUGGAAAUUUGUCUUGUUUUCUGUUUUAUCCUGUGCCUGGAACAAUGCAUGUCUGUUGAGUAAAUGAAUGAACAGAUUCUCUUCUGAAGUGGUGGAAUGAAUGGACCCACCUUAUCCUUUGGCGGCCAUGCCCCAGAGAAGGCUGCUGUUUGCUGGGGGUGUCUUGGACCCUUUCGUAGCCUCUCAGGCCUCUUCCAUCAGGUUGUUGUGAGGCUGAAUGACAGUGAGUGCCUCACGUGUGUUGGACAGCUUAAAUGACAGCUAGUAAUCAUUAUUAAUUAUAGAAAUCUUAGUGGGUUUGGGGGAAAAUGUGAGUUUUCUUGUGUAUUUCUGUCAGUAUUUCAGUGUCUUUGAUGAAAUAGCUGCUUUGACUUAUAGAAACCACGAAGUUUUGCUGUGGUUACACGGCUGCACCACAGCCAGAAAUCGGUCUAGAAUGCACGUCUCAUUUCUAAUGACAAGUUAGAUGUACAAUUGAAUAUGAUCUGUGUAUUUUUUCCGAUAAAUCUGGACCACAGUUCUGCUGUGUGUUUUCUUUUCCCAGACCCCUCUGGAUGAGGGUUAAGCAGUUGGGAGCCAGGCGCGUGGGGACGUGUUAGUGAGGACAUAGGGCAGUGGAGCCUUCUUGGAGGGUGGUUUUGUGACACACGUCACAAUCUAAAAUGCAUGAAUCCUUUGAGCUAGUAGUUCUGCUUCUCCAAAUCUGUCCUGCAAAACACAGUUGUGCAAAGUUGUUCAUAGCAGGAGUGUUUGCAGUGGAGAAAACCAGCAACGAGAACGUUUAAGAGACAGAAAGCUGUGAUCUGGAAAGGCACACGUCAUUAACGGCUCUGCAGGUGUCGGCACAGACAUGCAAAACUGUACAUUUAUCCCAUUUCCACGAGGAAAAAUGUGUGUAUUUCUGACUGUGUAUGUUUACAUUUUAAAUUAUGGUUUAAAAAAAGUAACAUUGAGCGUUUUAACCAUUUCUAAGUUUGCAGUUCAGUAGAGGUAAGUACAUUCACACUGAUGUGCAGUCACCACCACCGUCUGUCUCCUGAACCUUCUUCAUCUUGUGACACUAACUCUGUCCCCUUUAAACACUAACUCCCCACUUCCCCGCCCCCAGCCCUGACAACUACCAUCUGCUUUCUGUCUCUGUGAGUCUGACUAGUCUAGGGACCUCAUGUGAGUGGAAUCAUACAAUACUUAUCUUUUUGUGACUGGUGUAUGUCACUGAGCAUAAUGUCCUCAAGGUUCAUUCCUAUUGUAGCAGGUGUCAGAAUUUCCUUCUUUUUUAAGGCUGAGUCAUAAUCUGUUGUCUGGAUAGACCACAUUUUGUUUAUCCACCGUCCAUCAAUGGACACUUGGGUUAUUUCCAUCUUCGGGAUGCUGUGAACAAUGCUACUGUGAACGUGGGUGUGCAGAUGUCUCUCGGGGCCCCUGCUCAUGCUCUGUUUGGAUGCAUAGGAGACGGUCUGGAGAGGAGGACAGCAUACUGAUCCCGGCAAAACGAGGCUGGGGUGGAGGGUGAAGGUGGCACUUUGACUUGCUAUUUCAUACACUUUUUAUUGUGGUUUUUUCACAAUAAGCGCUAGAUUCUAUUUUACAGUUGGUAAAUUAGGAACCCACUAAUUGUUACGCGUUUGCUUUGUGCUCUCUUAAGAGCUGGGCAGACCCUCUACCAGAGAUCCCUCCAGACAUUGUGCAGGAAUGCAGACUGAGGCUGACAGAGAACCCUUCCAAGGACGUCUUUGAGGAGUGUGCCCGAGUCGUCCAUAACUAUUUAAGUGGAAAACCAUUUGAAGAGUACCAAGGAAGCUCAUAUUUUUCUCGAUUUUUACAAUGGAAAUGGCUGGAAAGGUUUGUGCCUGUCAGGUGCGAGCUACAGGAAAAAUGUAUGCCUGUAAAAAGCUAGAAAAGAAAAGAAUAAAGAGGAGGAAAGGGGAAGCUAUGGCUCUAAAUGAAAAAAGAAUCCUAGAGAAGGUUCACAGUCGAUUUGUAGUCAGUUUAGCCUACACUUACGAGACCAAAGAGUCCUUGUGUUUGGUGCUAACCAUUAUGAACGGAGGGGACUUGAAGUUUCACAUUUACAACUUGGGCAAGCCCGGCUUUGAUGAGCAGAGAGCUGUGUUCUAUGCUGCAGAGGUGUGCUGUGGCUUGGAAGAUUUACAGAAGGAAAGAAUCGUGUACAGAGACUUAAAGCCCGAGAACAUCCUCCUGGAUGACCGUGGACACGUCCGGAUUUCAGAUCUUGGUUUAGCCGUGGAGAUCCCGGAAGGGCAGACGAUUCAAGGAAGAGCGGGGACGGUCGGCUACAUGGCUCCUGAAGUUCUCAAUAAUGAGAACUACACGUUUAGUCCCGAUUGGUGGGGACUUGGCUGUCUGAUAUAUGAAAUGAUUCAGGGACAUUCUCCAUUCAAAAAAUUCAAAGAGAAGGUCAAGCGGGCGGAGGUGGAGCGGAGAGUGAAGGAGGACACAGAGGAGUACUCCGGGAGGUUCUCCGAGGACGCCGUGUCCAUCUGCAGCAUGUUACUCACCAAGAACCCCAAGCAACGCCUGGGCUGCAUGGGCGAGGGAGUGGCUGACGUCAAGGGACACCCUGUGUUCAAGGACAUUAACUUCCAGAGGCUGGAAGCCAACACAUUAGAACCCCCUUUCUGUCCCGAUCCACACGAGGUUUACUGCAAGGAUGUCGCGGACAUUGAUCAGUUCUCCUCAGUGAGGGGCGUGUACCUGGACAGCAGCGACAACGCCUUCUACAGCCAGUUUGUCACUGGGUGUGUCCCCAUCCCCUGGCAGAACGAGAUGAUCGAGUCUGAAUGUUUCAAGGACAUCAACGAGAGUGAGCGUGAGGAAAGCGUGACAUUAGAUCCAGCAGAGAAGGCACAACCAGUUCCCAAACCAAGGAGAAGCUUCUUGUACAGACUUUUCGCAAGAGGGGGCUGCAUCAGCACGGACCCCAGCGAGGAGGAGCUGCCCGCCCAACGGUGACCGCUCGCCGCGCAGCGGGACCCUCACCCGGGAACACAUGCUCGAGGUCUCAUCCCAUCUGUGAGCUGCAAUAAACACGUGCGACACAUCUUAAAA